UUCUCUUCCAAAAUUUAUCAUUCUAGUCGGAUAUUGUUUUUGCUUCAACAGUGUUUGAACGAGACAAUUCUGCUAUUUCGAAGAAACUUUGAUAUUAUUAAUUUAAACCCUUGAAAUUGCUUUGAAAAUGCUUGCCAGGUGUCGCCAAAAUUACCAUUCUUGCAGCGAAGCAGAAGUCAACAAGCAAAUCAACUUGGAGUUGUAUGCAAGCUAUGUGUAUUUGUCCGUGGCCUACCAUUUUGACCGUGACGACGUUGCAUUGAAAGGAUUUCACAAAUACUUCAAGAAAGCCUCUGAUGAGGAAAGAGAACACGCUGAAAAGCUGAUGCAGUUUCAAAAUCGUCGUGGUGGUCGUAUUGUUUUGAAGGACAUAAAGAAACCAGAGAAAGAUGAAUGGGGAAGUGGACUGGAUGCCAUGAAGACUGCAUUAUCUUUGGAAAAGACCGUGAAUGAAGCAUUGUUCCAGUUACAUGAAGUUGCUGUCACCAACAAGGAUGAUGAGAUGGCUGAUUUUAUUGAAGCCAAUUACUUGCAUGAGCAGACUGAUGCCAUCAAGGAAUUGUCAGACCAUAUUACCAACCUUGAACGUGUUGGCGAAGGCUUGGGUGAAUUCCAAUUUGACAAGCUCACAUUGGAUGGUGAUGACUAAUUUCUACUUUGUUGAUAAACUGAAUUCAUGUAACCAGGAAUGAUUGAAUAGCUUAGUAACAAUAUUGUGAUGAUCAAGGAAAAGUGUAAAAGGGAUUAAAAAUUAUUAAAGCAUUUGUUGUUUUGUGUAA